AUGGUCAAGUUCACUUCCGCCGCUGCCGCUGCCGGUGCCGUAGUGCUCGCUGCAGUCGCUGCUAAUGCCGCCACCAUCAACACACCCGCCUCGAUCACCCAGUGCCAGCCUACCGCUCUUCAGUGGACUGGCGCCACCGGCACUGUUCGUAUCAACAUCCUCCCCGGUGGUCAGGUUUCGGCUGCUCCCAUUCUAUCCCUUCCUUCCCAGACUGGCGCUUCUGGUAACUACGUGUGGAACGUCAACGUUGCCGCGGGCACCAACAUUACCAUUGCCAUCACCGACGACAGCGGUACCACCAACUACGCUUCCCCUCUCGUUGUUCUCCCCUCGCCUGACAGCGCUUGCCUGAACGCUGCCGCUAGCUCGAGCGGUGCCCCUGUUGCUAGUGCCUCUUCGACCUCAGCCGUCGCGUCGGCCUCGUCGGCCUCGUCGUCGUCCGCGUCUGCUUCGCGCGCUUCGUCCUCGUCCGCUGCCUCGUCGAGCUCUGCUGCCGCCUCCUCUUCGGCCACGCGUGCCUCGAGCUCUUCGAGCCAAGUCCCUACCGGCACCACCUCUGCCCCCGCUCAGACCUCGACCCGAGCCUCCAACGCUGCCGCUGCCUUUUCGCCCGCUACCGCAGGUCUCUCGGUCCUUGCCGCUGCUGGCGCUCUCCUUCCCUUCCUUUGA